CCUGAUGAUGUCAUGGCCCCGUCAGUAUAAAUGAGCAAACAGCUCAUGUGUGACAGACAAACGGGAGUCAUGUGGUGUCGAGGUUUCCUGCAGCAGGCGGUCAGAUCCAUGUCAACCAGCAGGCAGGUGGGCGUCCUCUUUGACGUGGAUGGCGUCUUGCUUCGCGGCGGCUCUGUGAUACCAGCUGCUCGACGAGCAUUUCGGAAGCUUGUGGAUCAAAACAACAACUUCCUCUUUCCUGUCGUCUUUGUCACCAAUGCAGGCAGCUGUCAGAGACAUCACAAGGCCCAGCAGCUGUCUCAUUUGCUGGAGGUCCAGAUCGCCCCAGAGCAGGUAGUUCUUUCCCAUAGUCCUUUGCGAAUGUUGAAGACUUUCCAUGAUAAAUGUGUCCUGGUGUCUGGACAGGGACCAGUGACCGACAUCGCCAACACGCUGGGUUUUCAGAAGGUUGUGAGCAUUGAGCAGCUCAGAGAACAUCACCCCCUGCUGGACAUGGUGGACCACAACAGGAGACCCAGACUACCUCCGUCUCCUCUGAAGACUCUUCCCAAAAUUGAAGCGAUCAUCCUGUUUGGGGAGCCAGUCAGAUGGGAGACCAACCUACAGCUACUGAUUGACGUGCUCCUGACCAAUGGGAAUCCUGGUUGUGCGUAUGACCCUCAGCUAUCGAUGCAGCUGCCAGUGCUCGCUUGUAACAUGGACCUGAUGUGGAUGGCAGAGGCCCCGUCUCCACGAUUUGGUCAUGGGAUGUUCCUGCUCUGCCUGGAGUCAGUCUACAAGAAGGUGACGGGUCGAGAGCUUCAGUAUGAGGCGCUGCUGGGAAAGCCCAGUUUGCUAACAUACCAGUACGCCGAGCACCUGCUGAGACUGCAGAACCACAACCACAAACUGACCACCAUCUACACAAUCGGUGACAACCUGAUGACGGAUAUCUAUGGUGCUAACCUGUACAACCGUUACCUGGCUCAGCAGCACGCUGCCAUGACGACCACUACCAAGCUUGUUGCCCAGGGAAUGGGGAGUCACCUUACAAUGGUGGUGCCAGAGGAGGAGAUGGUGUCUGCUGCCGCUCAGUGUCGCUCCAUACUGGUGUGUACAGGUGUCUAUGACCCUCGCUCCCCGUUGCCUAGCAACCAGAGUGGUGCGAUCACAGAGACAGUGUUCCAUGGUCACAGAGACUUGGUCUUGGAGCCAGACUUGGUGGAGCCCAGUCACUUGGUAGAGGAUGUGGAUGCUGCUGUUGACCUGCUGCUGAGGCAGGAAAGCACUGUUCCCUCUGGCCUGUGACACCUGACCUCCGAUACCUGACCUGUGACCUCAGACACCUGACCCAUGACCACUGAUGCUUGACCUGUGAGACCUGGUCUGUGUCCUCAGACCUCUGACCCUCACAUAGAUACUACUUGAGUUUUGAGUGUCCAGUUGUAUCAGUAUGAUGUACUCCUGUCUCCCGUAAGCCACGUCUCUCUUAUGGAGCAGGUUAUACUAAUAAGCAACAAUAGCUUCCUCUGUUUUGGACCCUUCAGCUCUGCAUCCCGUCAGAGGUUAGCUCUCCCAGGUUUCGUAUUGGUCAUCUGGUGAAUUCACAGAUCCUACAACAGUAUUGCCCACUGAGUGAGCAAUAUUAGAUCUGACAACUUUUAAACCCAUUUAGCUUCAAACUGAGUGACUUUUUAGCCUUGUACCAGAUAAGAAACCCCUGGUCCCAGAAACCACACUACUACUACUGUGUGUUUAUGUAUUAUGAACCUGACUUUUCAAUUAAAUAUUAAAUUUCACAAAUUGUUGUUGGUACUGCGAACGUCCGAUCUGAUGAUUGAUAUUUCUGUGUAAUCUGUGGAUUUUAAACAUCUGAAUGCUGUCUUAUUUAAUAUUUUCCUGCAAUAAAAAUAA